AUGGAUUUUCUUACCCUAGAGGGCAAACUGCUUGCUAAGAGAGCGGUUGGCGAAGGUUCCGAACAACUCCCCGAGGCUGAGACCUCCAAGCGCGACAUCUCUAGCCCUCACAACCUCAUUAGCACCCUCCAGGGUGCUGUCUUGUCCGUCAAUACCCAGGGCAUCUCCCUCGACGACAUUUCUGAUAGAGUCCAGAGUGGGGACCUCUCCUAUGGUAGAGAUGCUGGCCAAGCCCUCCCCGAGCACAACAGCCUGAUAGACACCCUUACCAAUUUCGUCACCAAACGUAUCGGUUCUUCUGGCCUCAGUAUUACCAACUGGUAUAUCAAGAUCAUUCACACCCUGGUUGUCGCUCUCGUUUCUAACGGUACUACCAUCGUCAAAGGCCUCUUUACCAUUUAUGGCAUCCGAACUUAG